GAGACGCUCCGGGUGCGUGAAGCAUCUCCGGUGCCGCGUGUGUUCCUCCUGCUGCGGGUCUGAUCCGGUGCCGCGUGUGUUCCUCCUGCUGCGGGUCUGAUCCGGUCCUGCCUCCCGGACCGGCGCUCCUCUGGAAACAGCGCGUCCUCUGUGAGCCGGGAUGGGCGGAGCCGUGGUGGACGACGCGCCCCCCGGGGUGAAGGCUCCGGACGGAGGCUGGGGCUGGGCGGUGCUGGCCGGCUGCUUCGUCAUCACCGGCUUCUCCUACGCCUUCCCCAAGGCGGUGAGCGUCUUCUUCAAGGAGCUGAUCCACGAGUUCCACGUGGGCUACAGCGACACGGCCUGGAUCUCCUCCAUCCUGCUGGCCAUGCUGUACGGCACAGGCCCCCUCUGCAGUGUGAUGGUCAACAAGUUCGGCUGCCGGCCGGUGAUGAUGGUGGGAGGACUCUUCGCCGCUCUGGGGAUGAUCCUGGCCUCCUUCGCCACCAGCAUCAUGCACAUCUACAUCUGCGGCGGCGUCAUCACAGGUCUGGGCCUGGCGCUGAACUUCCAGCCGUCUCUGAUCAUGCUGAACCGGUACUUCAGUGAGAAGCGUCCUCUGGCCAACGGGCUGGCGGCGGCCGGCAGCCCGGUGGCGCUGUGCUGCCUGUCUCCGCUGGGACAGGUCCUGCAGUACCACUACGGCUGGAGGGGGGGCUUCCUCAUCCUGGGGGGCAUGCUGCUGAACUGCUGUGCCUGCGGGGCCCUCAUGAGGCCCCUGCUGCCCCCCAAGAAGACCCCGGCGCUGGAGGACAGCGCCGCCGAGGACAAACCCAAGCCCAAGAAGAAGCUGCUGGACUUCAGCGUCUUCAAGGACAGGGGCUUCGUCGUCUACACGGUGGCGGCGUCCGUCAUGGUGCUGGGUCUGUUCGUGCCCCCCGUCUUCGUGGUCAACUACGCGAAGGGCCUCGGGAACGAGGACACCAAGUCGGCGCUGCUGCUGACCAUCCUGGGCUUCGUGGACAUGUUCGCCCGGCCGGCGUCGGGACUGAUCGCCGGCACCAAGUGGAUGAGGCCCCGGAGCAUCUACCUGUUCAGCUUCGCCAUGCUCUUCAACGGCUGCACCGACCUGGUGGGGUCGCAGGCAGACAACUACCCCGGCCUGGUGGUGUUCUGCAUCUUCUUCGGCAUGUCGUACGGCAUGGUGGGGGCGCUGCAGUUCGAGGUGCUCAUGGCCAUCGUGGGAACGGACAAGUUCUCCAGCGCCAUCGGCCUGGUGCUGCUGAUGGAGGCCAUCGCCGUGCUGGUGGGACCGCCCGGAGCAGGUCUCCUCCUGGACCGCACCAAGCAGUACAUGUACGUGUUCCUGCUGGCGGGCUGCGAGGUGACGCUGUCCGCCCUCAUCAUGGCUCUGGGCAGCUUCUUCUGCAUCAAGAAGCAGCAGAAGAACCCGGGCGGCGGCGAGGAGAUGGCCAUGUCCGCCGUGGAGAAGGAGGGGCUGCAGAACGGAGCCGGGGAGCACGUGGAGAACGGGGACGCCGCCGCGGAUCCCGGCGGCGAGGAGGAGCCGAGAGGCCGCGAGAACGGAACGUGUUCUGCAGAGUGAAGGAGGAACUGGUCCUGGAGAACGUCACAGCAGACCAGCGGCAGGAUGAAGAAUCAGAUUAAUGUUUGAGUUAGAACUCUCCCGUCAGGUGAGGGAGGAUGAACUUUGACCUUUCAGAUUUCUCCUGUCUCCUUUUAGUCGGGUGGAAAACAUGUUCGAGGCUCCUGAAGAUUUCAAAUUCCUCUAGAGAGUGAAACCAAAUUAGACCUUUUAGAUUGCGUUCAGCUUCAGUUACAUGAAAACCCCGAAAUGUACAGAUUGGAAUCAGAUUUCUGAACCUUAUUGACCAAAGACGUUAAAACACUUUCCACUCAGAAAUUCAUUUAGAGCCACUAAACAUGUUCAGCCUUGAAGACGGAGAACCAUAGAAAUUUUAGCACAGCUUUUGUUGAAUUUUAUGUGGUUUAACUUUUAUUAAAAACUGUUGACGUUUUUAGUUUUUUGGUGUUAAACAUUUUUAGCUACUUCUAGAAAUUUAUGCCAUUUCAUCAUUUAGUUUUUUUUUUUUUUUUUUCAGUUGAAGCUGAUUUAGUCGUUCCUAUUUUAUCAGUUUUAAGUGACAUUAUCCACCUCAGAGUGUGUGAGGCAGGUUUUAGUUCAGUACUGAACUUUCCAAUUAAAACUUCACAUCUGACUCCUCCAGCUGAAAGACAGGAGCCGCAGUUCAGUGACAAUCAAACAAGUUUAUUCGCCUAUAAUUCAGCGAAAGCCUCUAGAGCCACUUGUGGCUGCACAGGUGCAGGUUAUGUGUCUCAGUACGUCCGUGGACUUGGUUAUUGUAGUAAAAACGUCUCUAUGUACGGUGGACUCUGAUACACCCAAAGUGCAAUUAAACCCUAAAAAAUGAAGCUGUUCAGUGACUGUACUGUUUUUCGUAGCAGCUGACUGAAACAUGCAGUGUUCUAUUUAUUCCAGCCGUUCAGAUGAGUUUAGGCAGCUGACUCUUACCGACCUGUUCACGGCUUUCUGCAGUUCAACCAUUUCCCUCUGGAGUCCUGGAGGUGUGAAGUGGAGCCGUUUGGCUCGGCUCAGUGUGGAGUCCUGGUGCACCGACACCAGCCGUCUGAUCAAACCACAAACUGUUCUGUCAAUAAACA